AUGCUUGAGGUGCGCUCGAGAAAAGAAACGCUAAUUCAAGAAACUGGUACUGACACGGUCCAGACGUCGAGCGACGAAAGGAAGAUCGACUUAGUCUACGAUGAGCUGGACAAGGAGAACCAGAAUCAUCAGGGUCACGUUCAGAACGAGAGUGUUCCUGCCUCGACUAGCAAGUGUCGUCGCGAUUUGCUCUCUGCUUUUACUAAUCCCAACUCUACUCCAAACUCUUGUCCCAGUCCCUGUCUGCAUGCCCAAAAUGUUGCUGACUUGACACAGAAGCCCGAGUCCCUCGCGCCGUCAAAAGUCCUUCCGGGAGAGUUUUAUUCCUACGCGUAUGGGGCUGGUCCUUUGGGUCGCUGCUGUCAGCCCCAGAUUUGUUCUGUCCUGUUGCACGCCCUGCACUCGGAACACCUGCAAAACAUGGCCUACUAUCGGGGUAGCGGUAAUCGCUCGAGCGCUACCUCCAGCACGGGCACCAACAACACCAACGAAUCAUCUACGCCUCGCCGACCGCUGCAGCUGGCCAAUGGGCUGCCGCCUCCUUAUCGCACGCUCUCUCACUUUGGCUUCAAUUCGCCGCGACAGCCGCCGCGCACCGAACAUCGCCAUUUGCCGGGCGGUGCGGAGUGCAUCCGCUAUCGGCCCAUGCAGCGGGUCAUUAGCUACGAGGAGAUCUUCGCCACACCGCGCUACGAGCAGCUGUGCCAGUUCUGCUUUGAGCAGUUGCUGCGCCUCAAGCCGGAGCUGCAGCGCCGCAGUGCUGCGAGCAGCAGCGGGGAGGAGCCAGAGGAUCUGAUUAGCGGCUCUGGCAGCUACCCAGCCACGCCCCGAAAGCUGGCUACUCUGACCGAGCUGCAUGACGAGGAGGAGUUCGAGGAGCAGCUGUUCACAAGCGUGCGCUGCCAUGUCAGCACUCAAACGAGCUCCAUUCUAAUGAGCAGCAACUUUCUGGCACAGAUCGAACGUCUGAACUUCUCGGAGGAGUCCACCAAUGUUAAUUAUGUGCCUGGCAUCCGAACGUUUAGCAGCGAUAUUACGACCAGUCCGCCGGCCAGUGCAACGAGUGCGCCACCUUCUGCAGAUAUGCGACGCGGCUUUAUUCCAACUGAUCGUGAAAAGACCAGAACAGACCUUACGGAGGUGUGGAAUUUUGGCAACUGGCAGGAGCAAGGAGCACAGCAGGACGAGAGCGGCCAAGCCCAGCAACCGCUCACUGAGCACCGCAUUACUCUCGAGAUUACCCAGCAAUUUGGUGCCAAUUGCGAGCAGAAUGAGGGCCAGGAUACGGAUCAGAAGGAGCUUGACCAGCAGCAGGCUGAGCGACAAUUGAUGACGCGUGACGAGCGCCAGCGCCGCAAGUUGGAGUUCCAGGAGCUGUGGCAGGAUCACGUACAGUACUUUGGUGCCAAGGAAGAGAUGGAACACGAAGUCCCAGCAACUCUGGAGCGUACGGUGACAAUGUCGCUGGAGGCAGGGGAGGCUCAGACUUUAAUGGCAUACGGUUGGCUGAGGCAACCAAUUCAUGGCGAGGAAUUGCAGGAGAAAGUCGAGGCAGAUGUAGUGUACAUUGACCAGGAGUCAUCUUCUGGCGACAGACAGUCGUCCCAAUCCUGCAGUGGCGAUGUGCAACACCAGGCAGCCGCCGAGAUACCGAAAAUAUUGCACGAGUUCGAGCAAAGUCUCUGCGUAGCGGGUCAGAAUCUAGAAAAACUGGUGGCCACUACCAAAAAGCUGCAAGUGGUUGGUGUGCGAGAUGAAUCCGGCUCAGACGAGUCUAUGGAGAGCGGUUCGCUUUUUCGGGCCAUCAGCUUGGAGAAUAUCGCCGAUGCCGACGAUACAGCUUCAGUUUCCGAGCCGCAACGCUUUCAACCGCCAAACUUUAGCACAGAUGAGGAAUUUCCCGAGCAAGGAGAUGAGCCUCAAGCCGAAAUCGAUCACGAGGAAAAGCGAGAUGUUGAGAAACCGGUGACACCCUUGCCCAGUUUAAACCAUAAAGACCAUGUUGAGUGCGGACAUAUUGAUGAAAAGGAUGUGGAUGAGAAUGAGGAAUACACCACAGACAUGGGGGAAUCGGAUUGUCGAGCUGAAGUUUCGUCGUCUGCGGAGCAGCCAACUCGAGCUGAGCUGGCGACUCCGAACAGGGAAUGCACCUCCACUGACAACGACAUGUUCUCGCCAUUGGAGCGCGAGAUACUUGAGCGGAUCCAGGCGAACAAGCUGAAGGAACGGGAGUCCAUAUUCGGCAGGAUUGAUGAGAGUAUACGCAACAAGCUAACGCCCUGCAAGCUGCAGCGUAUGGUCACCGGUGCAGAGGAAACCUUUCAAACAUGCACACACAUCUACAGAAGCCCACCCACAGCAUCGCCCACUCUCGAUACACCCCAUCUUUUCCAGUUCAGCAGCGAGCCGCGUCCAUCCUCCUUCUCCAUGCACAAUAUUAACGCACCUGCCAGCUCCUCCGCGCAUGUUCAUCUGAUUACGGCAACGACGCCACGCUUGUCACGCUCCUGGGACAGUUACCAGGAUAGCAGUAGGUCAUCUUCGCCGACUGCGCGACCCUCGCUGGAGCGCACCAUAUCCUCGACAACGUUUGUGUUCCGCAGCAGUCCCCGCAAGAAGCGCAACUUUAUUCAGGAGAAUAUACGCAAUGCCGGCAAACCCCGAGCAAUCUCCAAGUCCUCCACAAACUCAACAGCAAGGUUAAGGUUAAGGCGUGGUCUGGCCAAGACCAGCGAUGCCCUGUCCGUGUGCACGUUCCAGGCCGAGCAACGUAGCAGUAGCGCUCGCCUGUGGGUCUCCCUGCCCACGACUCCACGUGGCAUCAGCGGACAGAAGCGCCGAUCAGUUAGUCCAAAUCAGCUGCUUUAUCCACUGAUUCACUCGCCCUCCACGCCAUACGCCAAGCGGCGCAAACCAAUCGGAACUCAGACACCCAAACUGCAUCGCAGCCUGCGGCCCAUCUUGCAUAAGAGCAUAUCGAGUAGUACAUACUGUACAGAUUCGGCUGGAUCGCAGCAGGGCGAUGCCUUGAUGCAGAACCUUUCCAGCACCACGUUUGAGUUGGCAAACACGGAGGAGGACCAACCGAACGAAGCGCUUUCAAAGCAGAUUGCAUCGACACCCGAAAACAAAAACAAUGCAACCGGCAGCUCCUUGUAUUACAGCGCCGACGAUAAUACGGUUGUCGAGGUGCAGGAAAUCUGCCUCGACAGUCAGAGAAAUACUGGCGAAAGGUCCGCGGAGCAAGAGAUAGGAGAUGAAAGUGAUGAGGCACUACAGCCUCGACUAUCCGCCGGUGAGACAACAGAAAACACAAGUCAAGCUGCAACUGCCGAUAGCCAGGAGGAAUCGCAAACGCAGGUGAGUGAAGUAAGCGAAGCCGCCGCGGCGGAAGGAUACACCGGAAAUACGGAUGAGUUUACAGAACCUUCGCAGACGACGACAGACAGCAGGCCGGAGGACACUAUGGAUCUUUCCUCCGGAAACGUUGAGACGGGCACCAAUGACACGGACAACGAAAGCGAAAGCGAAAACGAGCCCUCGGCAGCAGCUUUUGAAGACCCGGUUGCGAAUAGAAAUUCCAAUAGAUUCGACAGUGUGGAGGUUACUUCCACAAGCAGCUUGCCGGAUGGAGGAGAAAGUCUGAAUGAAGACGACUCUGCUGAUAUGGAAGAACAGAUGACUGAUGAGAACUCUGCAAAAACUGGAUCUCAAGAAUUUGAUGAUCAGCAAGAAUCGGUUAAUGAAGAAGUGAAGAAUCUCAAUAGUCAAGCAGUUCCCAAUGCGGAUGAUACAGCUGAGCCAGAACGAUCCUUGGAGAAAGAGGCUCGUGCAAAUGAGUCAAAUAUCAAACCUGCUGGCAAUGCCACGGAUAACGGGGAGAAAUGGACGGACUGUGCUGAGGAGGAGGAAGGAGGAGAUGGCAAUGCGAACGGACGUUUAAAUGUCAUCUCAUCUGGCUUUUCGCUUAGCUCAAACCGCGCCAACUUUAAUCUAAGUCCGCCAAAGGAUAUUCAACGUAGCUUUACGUGCUACGACUCCGACAGUUCAACUGACGGAGAAUGUCUGCUAAAAACGCAUCACGAUUUACAGCUAUCUGUACAGGAUGACGCCGAGGAUGAUAACAAACCCAACACCUCGGCAGCAGCUAGCAAGAAGAAGCGCAAGUCUGGCGGCAAAGACAAUGCACCCAAAAAGACGGACGAGGACGAAAUUGUUGUAUUAGAUACGCAAUGUACGCUAACAGAUGGAACACUCCAUGUCACCGACGAGUCCUUGGGCGACAUACAAGCGCCACGCGGCGAAGUGGGUGAUGUGAAUAAAGCAAAGCUUUAUCAGCCGUUUGCCGAAAACGUCAGCUGGAAUUUAUUUGAGGUAGAAGAUGACGAGGAAGAGGUGGAAGAGGAUGAGGACGAGGACGAGGACGAGGCCGAAGGAAAUGAACUGCAGCCAGAUACGUUUGAGCCAAUUGCUGAAAUAGGUCCCAUGACAGCAGACAAUAUGAGUCCACAGAAUGUUGAAGAGUUCUCGAUUGAGGUCGAGCUGCCAGUGGGCGGCUUUAAUGAAUAUGGGCAGCUGGAACUGGAACUCGACACGCGUUUGCUCUUUGGUGGCAGCUCGGGCUAUGCGGCAAGUGAUCCACACCAAAUCGAAUGGCCCCUAAAUGGGGUUUAUGACUUUGGCCCCUUUGUUGUGGAACUGAGCGAUGAGCAGCCAGCAGAACUUGUGCCUGGAAGCGACUCGUCGCAAUCUCUAGAAAUAUCACAAAAUGAAAAAAACCAAGCUGUGGCCCUCGAACAAGAAAUCAGAACCGACUUGGCUCAGCCUGAGCCCAAAGCAGAUCAGCCCCAUUCGCAAGAGUAAAAAUAUUAGUUUCAAAAAGUCUGGCUUGAAUUUGAGUUUUCCAUUAAAAAGCCUUUUCGACUCUUUGCCACAUCUGUGCCAAGUCAGCAGGCAUUUUAAAAGUCCCUACCUACUUUUUAAAAAUAUACGUUUUUCUUGAUUUUACUUUAUUAUUGUACUUACACUUGGCAUGCGCUUGAACUGCACCCAUAUCUUUUUUUCACACU